AGGGAGAGACGGAAAACCAGCAGUGACACCGGCCCUCGAGCGCGUUACGCCAGUCUUGGGCCUAACGGCGCUCCCUACCCUUGUGACGUCACCGCUCUGCGCUUCUUUGAAUUGUUUUGGCGGGUCGCGUUUUCAUAAUACAUCCGUUUGCGUUUGGAAGUUUUGGUUGCGCUACGAUUUCGGAGCACGUUAGUUUCCCCACUCACCAAACAUGGAGCGUGGGAGGAUGAGUCGAGCUGCAGGCACCAGACCGUCGGAGCUGCCUAUGCGAGUGCAAGACAGCAACAGGAUGAGCAUGAUGACUACGACACCGAAGAGCAUACAGCCUUCAUUUGGAAGGCUUAGCAUACCCAAACCUGCGUCUGUGACCUCUGAAAGGCGGACAAGCUUCUUUCAUGCCAGGACGAGUGGCGCCAGCAUGCCACGCAACAGCACCAUGUCAGGGUUUGGAGGAACAGAGAAGAUCAAAGAUGCCCGACCUCUGCACAAUAAAUCCUAUGUUCAGCAAUGCAUCAGACAGCUACAUGAGUUUUUGACUGAGCAGGGUUUCCCAGGCACUUUGUCAGUCAAGACCCUCCAGUCUCCCUCGACCAAAGAGUUUGUGAAGAUGUUUGAGUUUAUCUACCGCCUGCUAGAUCCAACCUUUGAAAUGCCAAACUCAAAAAUCGAGGAGGAAGUUCCAGCUAUGCUUAAAGCUCUCAGGUAUCCAUUUGUUCUGUCCAAGUGUUCAAUGUAUUCUGUUGGAGCUCCCCAUACCUGGCCCCAGGCUCUGGGCGCCCUCAUGUGGCUAAUUGAUAAUGUCAAGAUCCACUGGAAUUUAGGUAAGCAGGAGCAGACAUUCAGUGACUUCGUCGACGACGGUGAUAAUAUUGAAGAAGGGGCAGAGUAUAACAAGCUCAUCCUGGACAAUUUGGCUGAAACAUACUCCAAGUUCAUGCAGGGUGAUGACACAUUUGAAAAUGAGGAUGAGGCAUUCCUCACAAAACUGAAGAAGCUCUACAACGUCGAUGAAGCCCUGCUGGCCUCAACGGAGGAGAAGCACAGAAUACUCAGUGAUGAGGUUGAACGCCUGGAGAAGGAAAAUCAGUCGGAUCGUCUUAUGGCCAAGAGAAUGGAAAAGGUAAAGCUACAGGCGGACCACAAGAAACUCCAGGGCUAUAUAAGCAGCUUGGAGUCCCAUAAAGCCAUUCAGGAGAAAAAACACUCAGAGCUGAGUGAUAAACUGGAGACUACAGUUAGUCACAUAGAGACUCUAAAACACGAGCGGGAUCAACUACAAAUCCUCCUGCAAAAUCAGAAGUACGCUCCAUCUGAUGUCGAGAGGAUUAACAGAGAAAAAAGGGAACUCCAACAGACUAUCUCGACUCUUAGCAAAUCUCUUGAAGAUGCCCAACAGCACAAGUGGAACGAAGAGAUCACUCUGGCCAAAGUGAAGGAGAAGGUGGAGCUGAAGCUAGCCCAGUAUCACAAACUGGCCCGUAAACUGAAGCUGAUACCUCUGUCUGCAGAGAAUGCUUGUGGUCAUGAUUUUGAGAUCAGGCCUUAUGAAUAUGGAUCUGGCAGCAUGGUUCAGUAUACUACUCAGAUACAGCUGCAGAUGCUUCUGACAAAGCUGAUAAGUGAUGUCGAGGAAGAGAGCAGCCGGCUAGCCAACGAGAAACUCAGUCUGGAGGAGUCUCAUGAACAGUUGAAUUCCAACAUUUUGGACAAGUCUAAUGAUCUGAAGCUGCUGGCAGGGCAGAUACGCCAGCUAGAUGAGUGGCUGGACUCUGAGUUGCAGGCCUUGGCCCGAGACGAACAUAAAUGGAUGGAAGAGCUUGAGUCACUGGAAAACCAACGUAAGGAUCUAGAGAAGAAGGUUGAUGAUGGUUACGAUGAGGCAUUGCAACAACUGAAGGCAGCACAAAUACAGUACCACGUGGUACGGCAGGAGACCGAUGACCAGAGGAAAACAGUAGCCAAAAGCCUGGCAUCUGUUUUUGAAACGGCUGCUAAAUACUUGGAAUUUAUGGAGAAGUGCCUGGAGGAUAUGCAUAGCAGAGUGGAACGCGCCUGCUCCACAGCCGUUGAAGGGGAUGCAGCUAUUAUACAGGAGAUGCACGAAGCUCUGUGGAGCUUUAAGUCCAAGGCAAACAGUUUAUAAAGAGUAUCAGCAGGGGGAAGACGUUAUUUUGCAGGCGAUAACCAUCAUUUCUCUUAUAGUUUUGGUUGGGAAAAAAAGAUUUGACAUUUUUAAAAAGUGACAAAACAUACUGUAAAUAUAAUAAGUAGUUGCAAGUUUGAUGGAAGUUGUCAGUUCCUAAUGAAGUUAUAGCCUAGUAUUUUAAACCUACUAACUAUUAAAAGUCAGUGUGUUCCUUUUUAUAUGUUCCUUUGAUAAACAUCUGUAUAUGAAAAAAAAAUAA